AUGGCGACCACCAAAGAAACAGGGUUUUCAGAUAAUGCGGAAAGAACUAUUCCAGAUUAUUGACAAGAUGGGGGAGGCCUCUGCCAAGGCUCAAGGAUUGUAUGGCCCCAUCACAACAGGAAGGAAAAUAGAGUUAUCUGACCAUCAUCUUUAUAUUAUGACAGAUCCUGAAGGAAACAAAGGCAGUGGCUCAGUCAUUGGUAUCUUGAAAGUAGGACACAAAAAGCUUUUUGUCUACGACAGACAUGGGCAACAAUGGGAGAUGAACCCACUUUGUGUUCUUGACUUUUAUGUGCAUGAGUCUCGCCAGCGAAGGGGCUGUGGUCACCACUUGUUUGGCUUCAUGUUAAAGAGUGAAAAUGUGGUACCACAACAUCUGGCAAUAGAUCGACCAUCCGCAAAGUUCUUAUCGUUUUUGUCUAAGCACUAUGGUUUGUCUAAUGAAAUUCCACAGGUUAAUAAUUUUGUCAUCUUUGAAGGAUUUUUUACCAACAGAUCAGAUGUUGACUAUCAGAAAUUCCAUCAUCAUGGAUAUACUAUAAGACCAGCUGACAACCCUGUUAAAAGGAAACCAGAACAGAGCAGACAAGGUGACAGUAUUGUGGAUAGGUUUCAUCGCUCACAUACAGGCCUCCCUUCAAACAACAGUCUGCCUCCUUCUGGCCAUGCCCUCCGCAUAAAAUCUUCAGGAUCUGUAAGACCACAGCAACAAAAUGCUAUGAUUUCGCAUAAAGAUCUCCCAGUACGACCAAGAUCGAGGCAGACACCCAGCCAGCUUGGGAGCCCAGAGGAUGGCUUGACUGAUCAAUCCCUACACACCACUGCCACUGGCAGCGGCAGUCAGAAUAUGCCUCUACACGCUGCCAUGUACAGCCGCUACCAGGUGAAGACACCCUCUGAACAGUUUCCUUCUGUGCACAGUCAGCAGAGAUCCACUAACUGUGUUCAGCAACAACUUGAUGGAGCUUCCACUGCUGAAGAUGCUUCUUCUCAGAUACUGCAACGGGACAGACCUCCCAGUGACUACUCAAAUGCCUUCUACAGGCAUCAGCUGUACCAAGGUCGCAAUGGCCACCUACUCAUACCCUCUGACCCUCGUGUGGGCAAAACCCAGACUGCUGCUAUAAAUCUAGCAACAGGAGAGCCCAGCAUGACUGUCCCAGGCAAAGUGCAGCAGAAACCAUCAAUUUACACUGGCAGCUACUUCAACAACUCUUCCCUUGUUGGCAUCAAUAAUACCUCAUGGACUGUCAUGGGUGUCCUUCGGAACCAGCAUCUACAAAAUGCAAGACAAUAUGGCCAUAGUCGUCUGUGGUGAUUAAAAAACUGUUUGCUGCUUCCAACCUUCUCAACCUGGUAUUGUUACUAAGAUUUUUUAUUCAGCUCUUGAGUUCUCUCUUGAUUCUUGCGAUGGAAUUUUUUUUUAUUAAUGAGGGGUAAGGUUUUUUAAUAUUUGUUUCGUACACCUAGAUUGAUUUUUAUAUUUUUGUAGAAGUGGUGGGAGAUAAGAUGACUAGAGCUAUUCCUGUGUAUUAAGGACUAGAGCUAAGGAGUUGUGAAAGGAUGGAGUUGUUGAAAUCUUAAAUGGAAAGAGACUGAAGCAUGGGUUUGCAAAAUGUUAACUGGAAAGAUGGCUGAAUGUCUUCAACACACUAGCUGAGAAAACAGUUAUGAAAAUGUAAUGAAUGGUUGGAGAUCAAGAACUGAGUAACCUGCAGAAAACAUUGAGGAGGUGGAGGGUAAUAGAAACAAAUAAAGGUAUGUGAUAUUAUAAUGAGCUGUCAUUUUAUAGCAGUUGUCUCAGAGUAUCUGUUUGCACUUCAAGUGACAUGACUUCCUGUUGUGCCUUAAAGUUUCUAAAUGCACUGCCUAUAGUUGUAACUUGUAUUUUUUUGCACACUAGCACUGCCCCACUGAAAUAUGAAGUCUUCAGAACAAUUCUGGACGAUCUUGCAAGUGUAUACUAUUGUGAUAAUACCUAUGAGCUAGUUGUUGUCUCCUAGGCAUCAAUGUAACAUAGAUCAAGACCAGCCAUAACAGUGUGGGUGAGGCUCCAUGUCUUUGUUCUGCAUAUCUUAAGAAUCACCACUCAUACAGAUAUGAAUUUCGAUCUUUAAUAGAAAAUGACACAAAAUGCACACCAAAAAAUAUAUACUUUGGAUGUGAAUUUGUAAAGUGUAACUACCAAUGUAUUUACAAAAGGUUAUUCUUCUUCCAUGAGAAGAGUUGUUUCCAGCUUACUUGAACAUUCUAUGUGCAUUUUUGUAUGUUUUGUACAGGUAAGUUAUAAGCUAUACAUAGAUUCAUUGGAUUAUUUUUAAAAAGGUAAACUGCAGAAUGCAUAUUUUUUUGGUCUGUGAUAGAAAUUUUCCAUCCAGCAGGUUUCUAACAUAAUUGUCUUUCAUUUGAAUUUCUGAUCGUUGUGACCUGUCCAUCAAUUCAUCCAGUAAGUUUAACUGUAUAUCUGCAUCUGAGCUGUCUUUAAUGUUCAUUUGUGUCAAAGAGAUAUUUGCUCAACAUUUGCUAUGUCUGUUGACUGCUGCAGUAAUUGAUGCUUUAAAUAAUUUUUUGCUGAGAAACACAUUCAACCAAGAACAUAAAAACAUUCUGAGGAUACCUAUAUUUAUGGUUUCAGAAUGAAGAACAUUAACACCUGUCUUUUUAUUUUUAACUUUGAAUAAGGCUUGGCUUCUGUUCCACAAAUUAGCAUGUUCUUAUGUUAUUUGAAUAUAUUAUUAUUAUUAUAUUAUUUGAUUUUACUGCUUUAGCAGAUCCACUUUAAUGAGAUUUGAUACAGUGAUAUAUUUUACAAAAGUUAUCCAAUUUUAAAUGCAAUUUUAUCUGAUUUGUAAAAAUUAGCACUUUAACAUGUGUGAUCCUGUAAUGUAGAAAUUGUGUGGACCAAAUUUUUGCCCCUCCACAUUAAACAGAUUGUUAGCCUU